AUGUGCAUGGAACACCUUGAUCCUGAGAACAAGACAUUGGAUGGAAUUUCUCUGCACCCCCUCGAUGUUCUCUGCGCCAUUCUGCUUUGCUCAGACAGUUUCCUACAGCAGGAGAUCCUGUCCAAAAUGUCCAUGUGCCAGUUUGCCCUCCCUCUGCUGCUACCUGCCCUCGACACCCCCAAGUGCACCCUAAUGCUGUGGGCCGUGAGGGACAUUGUGAGGAAAUGGAGGCCGCACUCCCUGGCAGAGAGCAGGGAGUUCAGAGAGGAGAGCCUGGUGCUCACAGCAAUGCCAACCAUUUCCUUUGCGCGGCUGGGGAGCUGCAGCUUCUCCAAGUCCAAACUCCUCAAUGAGGUUCUCAGCCCCUCCCAGCAGCACCACGAUUUCUUCAUCCAUCGUAAUAUGGAGUCUGUGAACAUCCCUCAGGAAAUCACAGAUGGGCUGGUUGAGAUUGUCGGGUAUUUCCCUGGUGGGAGCAAGAAUUCAGAUCUUUUUGCAGAGCCCGUUGUGGUUGCAAACCUGCGUGGAGACAUUGAGUCUCACUAGCUGCACUUUGUGUUUUUAAGAGAGGUCUCCUCAGCAGUGUUCAUAGUUGCUGAGAGCACUGAUGAGAGAGAAUACACUAUUCUCAUCCCUGCAGGGAGGGAUCAGACACUAAAUACUAUUUCAUCUUUAAUGGUCACAUGGAGAAGUGUAGUGAAAAUUUCUGCAAUUCCUUUAAAAAUUCACUCUGGUGCUCACACUGAGCAAAUUCAAUUUGACAGUGAAGGAGAGCACCAUAAAUUACAUAGACUUGGUAGACAAGCUGAAACCACCGUGGGAAGUUUAGUGAAUUCAUCUUCCAAGAGAAUGAAUAUAAAAGCCAUGGCUGUAAUAACACAUAGCAUAGGAAUCCAGGUGAAUGGGACUGGGAGAUGUCAGGGCACCUGA